CAGAGGCUCGAGCUGGGGCAGUGCUUGGGCGAAAGGCCGGAGCGGGCUUGGCUGGUACCAGGAUGGCGGCGGCCCUGGCGUGGGUCCUGGUGGCGCCUGGUGCGAGUUCCUGAGCUGCUACCAGGCAGGUGACGCUUCCUGUAGCCCCCAGCAUGCGGGCAGGACUGGGUCCCAUCAUCACACUGGCCCUAGUGCUGGAGGUAGCAUGGGCCACAGAGCUUAAGCCCACAGCGCCGCCCAUCUUCACUGGCCGAGCCUUUGUGGUAGCAUGGAAUGUGCCCACACAAGAAUGUGCCCCACGCCACAAAGUGCCGCUGGACCUCAGUGCCUUCGAUGUGGAGGCUACCCCCAAUGAGGGUUUUUUCAACCAGAAUAUCACCACCUUCUACUACGACCGGCUAGGCCUGUAUCCACGUUUUGAUGCAGCUGGGAUGUCUGUGCAUGGUGGUGUGCCUCAGAAUGGCAGUCUCUGUGCACACCUGCCCAGGCUGAAGGCAUCUGUGGAACGAUACAUUCAGACCCAGGAGCCUGGGGGGCUGGCAGUCAUUGACUGGGAGGAAUGGCGGCCUGUAUGGGUUCGAAACUGGCAGGAGAAGGAUGUGUACCGACAGUCUUCACGCCAGCUGGUAGCCAGCCGACACCCUGACUGGCCAUCAGACCGAAUAGUGAAGCAGGCACAGUAUGAGUUUGAGUUCGCUGCUCGGCAGUUCAUGUUGAACACACUCCGUUACGUCAAGGCAGUCAGACCUCAGCACCUGUGGGGCUUCUACCUCUUCCCUGACUGCUACAAUCAUGAUUAUGUACAGAACUGGGAGACCUACACAGGCCGCUGUCCCGAUGUGGAGGUGGCACGGAACGACCAGCUGGCCUGGCUCUGGGCUGAGAGCACAGCUCUCUUUCCCUCUGUGUACCUGGACGAGACACUGGCAUCCUCCAUACACAGCCGAAACUUUGUCAGUUUCCGUGUUCAGGAGGCCCUUCGUGUGGCUCACACCCACCAUGCAAACCAUGCCCUCCCGGUGUAUGUCUUCACGCGCCCCACAUACACCCGAGGACUCACAGGACUUAGCCAGAUGGACCUUAUCUCUACCAUUGGUGAGAGUGCCGCCCUGGGCUCAGCUGGUGUCAUCUUCUGGGGCGACUCAGUGUAUGCUUCAAGUAUGGAGACCUGCCAGUACCUCAAGAAUUACCUAACACAGCUGCUGGUCCCCUACAUAGUCAAUGUGUCCUGGGCUACCCAGUAUUGCAGUUGGACCCAGUGCCAUGGCCAUGGGCGCUGUGUGCGCCGCAACCCCAGCGCCAAUACCUUCCUGCACCUCAGUGCCAGCAGCUUCCGCCUAGUGCCUGGCCAUACGCCCAAUGAACCCCAGCUUCGACCUGAGGGGGAGCUCAGCGAAGCAGACCUCAACUACCUGCAGACGCACUUUCGCUGCCAGUGCUAUCUGGGCUGGGAUGGCGAGCAGUGCCAACGGAAGUAUAAGCGGGCAGCUGGAAAUGCCAGUAGAGCCUGGGCUGGAUCCCACCUUACCCGUGUGCUGGGUUUGGUAGCGAUGGCUCUCACCUGGACCUUAUAAGGGAUCUCUACCCUGGACAUCAGUCCAGCUGGCCUCUGGUGCAAGGAUCUCCUUGGCAUGAGGAGCCUGUUAGGGAUCAGACAGAUGAGUCUGGAGCGGGCAGUGCCCCCCAGGAUGCCUAGCAGAGCAUCCAUACAACUUACCACCCCCCUGUUCUAAGGGGGAGAAAAACAUCUCCUGAGAUGCCCUCAUCUUGCCAGAGAAGGCGGAGAAUACAGCUAGGCCAGGGAAGGCCUGACUCUACUCCCUGCUCCUGGAUAGUUUAUAAUUUUGGGGUCUCUUUUGUAAAUUAAAUAUAAAACAACUCCUGUGA